AUGGGGUUUCUAUCCCGUCUCGUCACCUUUUUCGGCCUCAUCCUGCUCGCACAUGCAGGCUACUCAGCCCACGAACACACCGUUCUAUCCAGCAACACCCGCUUCUCGACCUCAACCGCCCUCCCGCAAGACAUCAUCGUCGAGACCCUCGUGUCGCUCGUGGUCGUCUCCCUCGGCCUCGUCCUUGGCGCGGAGAAAUUGAAGCCGAUUAGCUGGAGUCAAUGGGCUGGAGAAAUUGAGAAAGAAGGGGGUGCGAGGAAUCCGUACUCGAGGUUGGAGGAGAGGUAUAGCUUUUGGGAUGUUAGAGCGAAGCGGAAGGAGUUUAGUGAGUGGAUUCGGGGUCAGGAUGCGAUGGCUGCGAAGUGA